AUGAAUGGCACUCCCAAAGUCAACGGGGUCAACGGGGCCAACGGCCACUCGAAGAAUGGCCUGCUGGGACGAUCCCUCUCAUCCCGCAAGUCGUCGUCCCCAAUGGCUCCCGCUUUCAUGACUUCGGCCCCAGGGAAAGUCAUUGUCUUUGGAGAGCACGCCGUUGUCCACGGCAAAGCGGCAAUGGCUGCCGCCGUCUCCCUUCGAUCCUACCUCCUCGUCACGGCGCUGUCGAAAUCGCAUCGGACAAUCCAGCUCGUGUUCCCAGAUAUCGGGCUCGACCACACCUGGAACAUCGACGACUUGCCUUGGCAUGUUUUCACGAAGACGACGAGGAAACCUCGAUACUACGACAUGGUGACGUCGCUGGACCCCGAGCUGGUUGCUGCCAUGAAGCCGCAUAUCGAAACGGUGUCCACCCAUCUGAGUGCAGACAAGAGAAGGAUCCAUCAAAAUGCUGCCUCUGCAUUCUUGUAUCUAUUUUUGUGUCUUCAGACGCCUGCUGCGCAGGCCUGUAUUUAUACCCUGCGGUCUACGCUACCGGUUAGCGCAGGCCUGGGGUCGAGCGCCAGCAUUUGCGUUUGCAUCAGCGCUGCCCUCCUCAAACAGAUCCAUGUCUUGUCCGGACCACAUCACGACCAACCGGAGGACGAAAUCCAGAUGCAACUUGAGAGGAUAAACAAAUGGGCCUUUGUGGGAGAAUUAUGCAUUCAUGGCAAUCCCAGCGGAGUGGACAAUACGGUCGCCACACAUGGAAGGGCCGUGUUGUUCAAGAGACUGGACUAUUCGAAGCCCCCAAGCGCCACGCCACUGAAAGAUUUCCCCGAACUUCCUUUGAUGUUGGUCAACACGAAACAGCCCCGCACGACCGCGGCGGAGGUCGCCAAGGUGGCCGCGCUCAAGAAGAAAUACCCGGCUGUGACCGAGGCGACUUUGGACAGCAUUGACCGAGUCACCAUGUCAGCACACGCUCUUAUCACCUCGGACGACUUCGAUCCAGCGUCCGAGCAAAACAUCGAGCAUCUGGGUGACUUGUUCCGCAUCAACCACGGCCUGCUGGUGUCGCUCGGAGUCUCCCAUCCCAAAUUGGAACACAUUCGGGAGUUGGUGGACUACGCCGACAUUGGCUGGACCAAGCUCACAGGUGCCGGGGGCGGUGGAUGUGCCAUCACGUUACUCAAGCGAGGCGUCGACCCAGAUGCGAUUGUCGACCUGAAGCGAAAGUUUGAGGCUGCAGGGUUUGAGGAAUACACGACGACGCUGGGGGGCAAUGGCGUCGGCAUGCUCUACCCGGCAGUCUUGCAUAACGGCACAGAAGAAGAAGGAGGCGACGAAAUUGACCAACAGAAGUUCCUCAACGCCGACGGUGAAGAGGGAAUUGAGGCCCUGGUGGGUGUUGGCCUUGAUGAAAGACGGCCCGAGUGGAAGUUCUGGAGGUAG